ACAGAGGUACAGUCGUACUUGUUGUUGCUGUUGGGGUCCACUUUGUUUGUGGACAAGAGCAGAGACAGGGUUCGGUCGGUGGUGAACCUAUUUUUGGACGAGUUGGAGGAGGUAGAUCAGUACAGUUGGGCAUCAGCUACACUUACUUGGUUGUACAGAUACCUUGGUCAGGCGUCUCAAGCUGGGGUGGCUGGUUGUCUCACACUUCUGCAGUGUUGGAUCUAUGAGUACUUUUCGAGUUUCCGGCCAUCUCACUUCGAGCCACCUGUCGUUGGACCUGAGAAGGCUUGGGCUUCACGAUGGAUUGGGCAGCCGGCACCUGGUUCUGUAGCUGAUCUCAGUGUGAGGUUGGCGUUCUACCAUCGAGCUCUUGACAGCUUGACCCCUUCUGAUGUGUUUUGGACACCUUUCCAUCAGAGGCCUCAUCAGGCAGUGCGUCACUCUUUGUACACUUGA